AUGGAACCGGGGACCCCCCAACAGGACCAGGACCCCCGCCAGAACCGGGCACCCCCCACCAGACCCGGGACCACUGCUGGGACCCAGGACCCCCACCCGGACCGAGAGCCCCCCAGAAACGGGAACCCCCGCUGGGACCGGGACCCCCCACGAGGACCAGGACCCCCCGCGAGGACCAGGACCCCCCACGAGGACCAGGGACCCCCCCGCGAGAACCAGGACCCCCCACGAGGACCAGGGACCCCCCGCGAGGACCAGGACCCCCCACGAGGACCAGGGACCCCCACGAGGACCAGGGACGCCCCGCGAGGACCAGGACCCCCCACGAGGACCAGGACCCCCCGCAAGGACCAGGGACCCCCCACGAGGACCAGGACCCCCCACGAGGACCAGGGACUCCCGCGAGGACCAGGACCCCCACGAGGACCAGGGACCCCCCACGAGGACCAGGGACCCCUCACGAGGACCAGGACCCCUCGCGAGGACCAGGACCCCCCACCAGUACCAGGGACCCCCCGCGAGGACCAGGGACCCCCGCGAGGACCAGGGACCCCCCGCGAGGACCAGGGACCCCUCGCGAGAACCAGGGACCCCCGCUAG